AUGAAAAACAAAUCUAGAAAAUCUACGAUUACUAAUAAAAACCAGAAAAUACAUGACAAAGAUGAUUGGCAGAGCGCGUUAGAGUCCAUAUCGAUUAAUGAUGAUCACUGGUGGUGUAUAGUGACGAUGAUGGUGGAGACAAUUGUCGAGCAUGGCCGCUACAUUUUUCUCUUCAACGAAGCCGUUGAAGAAGACGAACAGGCGUGUAUUUAUUUUCUUAGCUAUCAAAAAACGAUAGACACGGUGAGAGCGCUGUCGAAACAGGAUCCAGAGAAAUGUCCUGCUGUCGAGAGUAUCUGUCAUUACGCGAAUAUGGUCUUACGCGAAAACAAUGGCCAUCUCUCUACCUGGCUGAUUGCACGGCUCAUAAAGUAUCUGAUCUAUCGCGCCAAAAUCGAGCACGUUGGGAGACUUAAAGUACAGGCGGAUCUAGACCGCAAAAUCGACGAAGAAUGUCGGACAAUUCAGAAUACUGACAGCUCAACUUCUUCAUCGCGAAGCACUACCAAGCUUCGAAGAGCCUACAGCAACGAGACUGAAUACAUGCUCAAUGGCAAAGUGAAUACAUGUUUACAUGUGGAUAACGUACCUUUUGACGGAACGAAACUCUGCAUUGUACUUAGCGGGUUUCGCAAUCCCGAUUUACCGCCAGAAUUGUUAAGCGUCGGAGUUCCUUUGACCUGUAUAUUAGAGUUUAAGCAUUCUGGCGAACAGUUCGUUGCGUAUCGCGAAACAGAGGAAAAGGAUACAACGACCCGAGAUAAAACGUAUUCCUUUGAAGAUUUUCGUAUCGAUAAAACCGAGCUGCUCGAAUUUUGGAGGGUUACGCACGAACGAUUUGCUAAUUUAUCGGUUUAUCCGACGUAUUCCAAUAUAACUAUCCUCACUGUUCGUCCAUCAGUCUUUCCAGAAAUGAUCAACACUACCGAGAAAGAGUCUCUAAAGCGAGACAUGUACGAUAAAGUACUUCUCACUUUGUAUCAUUUGAACGAUCUUUGCCGACAGCAUGCAAAGUACCUUAAAAGUAUGAAACUGGAGGAAGGAAUUGAUAAAACAGACGAGACAAUAGACAGUAAGAUUUACGAGGAUACACUAAAUGGCAUACCUAACGAAUACAUCAAUGUUCCAUUGAUAUUGAGCGCGAUACUUCUGCAGGUCGAACACAAUCUUGCGACAUCGUCCGAUAAACGUUCCCAUGUCAAUCACGAUACAGGAUUUAACGAUGUCGAUACGAGGCACGAGAAUACAUCAACGACAGCUGAGCGAAGCCCCGUAUUCAAUACGCAGGAUAAGCUGAAACUACUCGAUCUUGAGCACGAGCUUACCGAUGAAUAUGUUGACGACCCCAGUCAGAGAGAGUCGUCGCAGCCUUCCGAUCUGGAUGUUAUACCGUAUGGAGACACUUUGAGCAUGAUUGUCCGUCAUUUCCUCAAUGGUAGACCUACUCAUCUGGACGACGCAGUUCUGCGAGUUCUGCGAGAUCCGAGAAUAAUUAGCGUUUGGUGGAAUCACGAAGCGCCGACGAGAUCGAGAUCCGACAUGUGUUUCCGCCAUAUUGACAAUAUCGCGCGCGCGUUUAAUCAAGGGCAAGCGGUUAGUCGCGAGGAAGUUAUACAUUACUUGCACCUCUUGAUGUUCGAUCAAAUGAUCUUUUCCGAAGGCAGUCGCGUGGCAGAAGCACGACUCUCGGUGCAACCGCCGAGGGAUGAAUUGUCAGAAUUAAAACACGAACGAUCGAGGAUAAAAAGAGCACGUAGCGUGCCAAAUUUUACGUCGCUUCCGAUCGCUAUAUCCAGUCCGCGUCGUUCUAAGAGCGACACCGAGAUUGAUUAUUGUAAGUCGGUAGUCGCGUUCGCCGAAUGCCCGCUUUUGUUCGCGUUAACAGACGCUAGAGAGACAUUGCUUCCGGGAUAUCUGCGCAAGAAUGUCUUCGAGAAGAGAAGUUACGAAAGACCGAGUCUCGAAGAAUACGAAGACGUCGAGUUACUCUCGAGCCGAGUUUUUCCUCAGGUCGCCCACGAAUGUUUCCAAAGUUUCGAUCGCUUCGCAGCUAGAUACUUUGAGCCGACGGAUUCGAUGCUGCUUUACUUCAGCGACAACAACGCGGUGGCUAGCGCGUCCGAGGAGAGGUGCUUAUCAAGUAUACGCACGCCCGUCGGGCUCCAUGAAUUCUGCAAAUAUAUCGCGAAGGAGGAGGAAGAGAGUUGGAUGAAACGAGAGCAGGAGACGCGCCAAUCGCGUAGGAUGGACCUGACAGGAAGAUUUAUGAAGAAAUCCACCGAGGUGGAAGGCGACGCGAUCACAUUCGAUGACGAGUGCUUCAUGCUUCCGGAUUCUCUGAAAGCGCGUCAUCUGAAGAAAACCCCGAGUCGCGACGGGCGAAAGAAAAUUUUUGAAACGAAGGAAUUCGAGGAGGCGACGACGACGGUGAGGAACGUCGAGGGAAAGAAAAUGACAAGACAGAAACGAAACGAGGCGCCGAUGGCGAACAACGGAAGUAAACGGGCGGAUGGAAGAGUUAUGAGUGGAAAAACGUCAAUGACGGAGAAAAAAUCGGACACAAAGAUAGAUGAUGUCGAUACGUCCUUCUUACCGGUGAAAAAAAUUCUAUCGUCCCAAUGUGUCGAGACGAACGGGCCGUACGACUUCGUCGGAUACGAUCUCGGAGGUCUUCGUGUUCAAGUGAUUCAUCAUAGCAAAAAGUUUCUUUUGGACGACGAUACAUCGGUGCGGGUCGAGCUCGAAGACUGGCUUCACGGGGAUCGCGAUUUACGCAUCGCUGUUACCCUGCCACACUGCACUUUACGAUUGUCUGACGGAGUUAGUCGCCGUCAGUCGGCAGACACGUUUCACUUAACUACGAAAAGGGGAAUUGUAUUAGGUUUCCACCGAAAUAGGAGGAAGCUAGGUGCAGCCCGUGAAAUUUGCCGGAACUUUCUCAGAAACGGAACCGUCCUAAAGUAUCUGGACGACAAUACCGUCGUCAUCUUUCGCCCCAAUGGCGUCAUCGUGACGUGCAUGAACUUCGACAAGCCGCAAUCGCGCGAUGAAUCCAUCCGCGAGACGGCCCCAAAAAAAUUUAGGAUCGAAAAGGGCAACUCGAGGCAAUCGGUCGCAGCCGAGCGUAGCGGUAAAAUCAUAGAUUCCACGGAGACGCGUUCCAACGGAUCGAUCGUCGACGUACAACCAUCGAAACAGCGUACGAGCAACGAGCACGAUUCAUUGAUAACAGGAGCGUUCGCCGCGGGUGAAGUGUUACGAUACUCGGUGGUGAAUUACGACGGUCGAUGCUACGAGGUGCUGAACGAUCUGGUCGUAAGUGAACACGAUCGAUUGCUCGUUAGGACAACGUCGGAUUACGAGGUCAACGAGGUAUUCACACGUCGUGCCGAUGGUACUGAUACGUUACUUCGUUCAAAUGGAGAAUUGGUCGUUACCUUUCCCGAUGGCACGCGCAUCAUUACCGGUUAUAUGAUAGAGGAACAACCGGUAAUUUGCGAAUGGACGGAAAACGAAUUGUGGCGAUAUUUUGGAGUCACGGAAACGAAAGAGUAUGGUGAUCGAGCUACCUCGGCAAUAUCCUCCGACAGUGAGUUCUCGCGCGUAGAUUCCGCGCCGUACGUCGUCGGACGCCGAGAGAUGCCGAGGGGACUAUCGAUCGCGAACGGUUUUGUCUCGAUCUUGUUGACUUUCCGCACGGAGCACAAAGACCACGCUACUGUGUCCUACGAUCAGUCAGCAGUUAGCUGUACUUUAUCGAUGCCCGGCAAUUUCCGCGUCAGCAUAUCGAGAAGAGGUCAUUACGAAGUUUCAAUAGGGGACGAAGUUAAUCUGAAGAUUUCCGACGACGACGUAAUAUUCUGGAAGACAUGCGCUACUUGCGGCGGAAGCACGACGUCGACUUAUAAGUUUCGGGAAUCCUCCGAAAUCGGUUUACGAACGAUCCUCACGACUGACGAUAUUCUUGGGAAUGUGCUUGAGGUUAAAAGUGACGGUACCACGCGUUAUUAUCGAGGCGACGAUCGCCGAUAUGUGCGAAGGGGACGCGAGUGCAACGACGACAUUCUCGAACGCGGCGAAGAAAGAAGAAGCAACGAUGAAGAAGACGCCAGCUCAGGGGCAAGGAUCCAUUGCAAACACGAACGAUAUUGCGAAACGCUCAAGUUUCCUGCAAGAAGUCAAUACAGAAUUUUCGCGAUGAAUCGCGAUCUGACAGCUUGUGAGUACCUUCAUCGAUCGGUUAGACGCGAGCAAGAGGUGGCGGCGGCCGUCUUUGGCGACGAGAUGAGUAUGAUCCAAUAUCCAAUUUCACGUCGACCGGAACUUCAUCGCUUGAUUACAUUUGUGCCUGUGAAACCGGAAUUGGGAUCAAAGGAAAUAUUCUGUCAAUACCGGGUUAGAUAA